AUGGAAUCUUCUGUUGAAAACAGAUCUCCGAAUACCUCCUGUAAUUCACCACCUGAAAAAUCAACCAAGACUGUUCGACGUAAACAAAAAUUUAGGAGUGAGUGGUUAUCAGAAAGUGAUUUCAGUACUUGGCUUAUCCCAGAUAAAUCAGAUAUUUACAAAGCUACAUGUAUUUUAUGUAAAACUUCCAUGAAGGCUGAAAUAUGUGUAAUUCGAACCCAUGCCAAAGGUCAAACUCACAUGCGAAAUAUUAGUGGCACUAAGAAGCAAACUCCCAUCACUACUUUUACAGAAUCUAAUAUUAAUAAUAACUCCAACAACUCGGUACAUAGAGCUGAGAUAAAAUUGUGUGGUUUUUUAUCAAAACAUAAUCUUUCAUUUAAAAUAAUGGAUCAUCUUGGUCCAUUAUUGAAAAGUUGCUUUCCUGAUUCACAAAUCGCUCAAAAAAUUCAAAUGAAAAGUACUAAAUCUUCUGCUAUUGUUAAGAAUGUCAUUGUCGUAUCUGAAAAAGAAUAUUUAGCUAACAAAUUGAAGAAUAAUAAAUUCAGUAUACUUGUUGAUGAAUCAACUGAUAUAUCAGCAAUUAAAGCACUGUGUAUUGUUAUAAGAUUUUAUGAUUGUGAAGCUAGUAACAUUGUUAGCCGUUUUUGGGACCUCUGCCAAGUCUUCAGUGACACUAAUCUAGUUGAUGCAGCAACUGCAGAACAUCUUUUCAAUAUUGUGAAAUUAUCAUUUGAUGAAUAUCAAAUCCCCUACUCCAAUAUCAUUGGUUUUGUUUCGGAUGGUUGCAAUGAUGGGGUUACUGCUUGCAAACAACUACCCAGACAAUGUGAAGAUUUGGCACGUGAUGUUUUCAACUUGUUAAGUGCAAGUGCUAAACGACAAUUUGCGUUGAAAGAGUUUCAAGAGUUCUUAGAUGUUGAAUUCACUACUUUGAAUGAAAUUUUUCAAUCUGAAAAACCAAUGAUAACUUCUAUGUAUAAUGCUGUUAAAAUUACUUACCUAGAGCUACUACAAAGUUACAUGCAAUCAGAUUAUAUCAGCCAAACUUCAUUAGCUGAUAUUAAUCCAACUGAUAAAACUAGAUUUUUAUCAUCUACUCGAAUAUAUGCAGGCGUUGAUGUGAUUAAUUUUUUUAGUUCUCCUGAAUUUAAUGAGAGAAUGAAAGAAGAUUUUUUCAAUGGUUGUAUAAUGUUUUUAAGCACUGGCUGUAAUGAAAUCAAGUCUCGUUUUGAUUUUGGUAAUGCUCUAGUACAAAAAUAA